CACUAAAGGACGGUGCUGGACAGGUUAUGAGCCAGCAACUUCGAAAAUGCAGAAAAGCCAGACCGAGCAUCUCUAUAAAAUCUUAGUCAUCGGCGAUCUCGGGGUAGGAAAGACCAGUAUUAUCAAACGUUACGUGCACCAAAACUUUUCCCAACAUUACCGAGCUACGAUUGGCGUGGAUUUCGCUCUUAAAGUUCUCAAUUGGGACUCGGAGACUGUGGUUCGACUGCAGUUAUGGGAUAUAGCCGGUCAAGAACGAUUUGGGAACAUGACAAGAGUAUACUACAGAGAGGCCUUUGGAGCAUUUAUUGUCUUCGAUGUUACACGAGUCGCAACAUUUGAAGCGGUGUCCAAAUGGAAAGAUGACUUAGACUCAAAAUUGACUCUACCUAAUGGCAAACCUGUCUCAGUUGUCCUACUGGCAAACAAAUGUGAUCAAGGGAGCGAGUUCUUAGCUGCCAAUCCUGGAAAAAUGGAACAGUUCUGCAAGGAUCAUGGAUUUAUUAGCUGCUUUGAAACUUCAGCAAAGGAAAAUGUCAACAUUGAUGAAGCAGCUCGAUGUUUGGUGAAACACAUCAUCGCGAGUGAGAAUGACCUUGCACAGUCUGUUGAGUCUGACAUUGUCACCCCGACACUCAAUUCCUUCAGAAGCAACGGCAACUGCUCAUCUUGUUUUAAGUCUUAGGUUGGGAUCUUGCUGUAACAACAGUCCUGUUACAGCUUCCAUACUGAUGUUUGUAUUUACAGCUGGAACAUUAUUAACUGGAACCUGGAGGGAGGUGGGAUUUUGAGAAAUGUGAAUGAAUUAAACGUCCCUUUCAAUUACAAGUUGCAUUUAUGUAGCACGUUUAACAUAGAAAAACAUCCCAUGGUGCUUCACAGGAGUAAGAAACAAAAGGAAGGUUUAUGACCUGAAAAAAGUGUCAACAAAAUGACUAACUUUAAAGAAAACACUGUCUUUAUGUUUUGGAUACAAAAAAAAGGGUAAAAUUCAACUUUGACAGGGGCAUGCAGUGGGUUAUAGCAAAUUGGCUAUUCCAAUGGGCAGGAAUGUUGGGAGGGUUUAUAGGGGGUUGCUGAUCUGUCCCUGCUCUGUACACUUGUUAAAGUUGAAUUUCACCUUCCAGAUGUCAGUUUCAUCUGCCAGCAAUAAGGGCAGUCAUCUUUUCACAAUACAGUCACAUGUUUUGACAGCACUUCAUGAUUCUUGAGGGUUUGCCAAACUAUUUGUGGUAACACUGCCCUUUUAUUUGCCAUUCUGGUUCUUGAAAAACAAUUUCAUUUCAACGAUGAACACUAAUGCCAUCUGUGGAGGAAGGACAGGAAGGUGAUAUUGAGCAGAAUGCUUUGAGGAAGGUAAAUUGACUGUGUGCAUGAUUGAUAUAGUUACUAAAAGUCUAGGUUAAUGACUCUGUCCUAAUUAUGUUAACAACUCCCUCUUGUUGUCUGAUUCAUUAACUCUUUCAAGCUGAUUCUCAUUGCUGAUUUCGUUGUCAGUUUGAUUCCCUCCUCGCCCUCUCCUCGUCGAAAAGUGUUAACUCUACAGUCAGUUGUAGGUCAGUUGGUAACACUUUUGCCUCUGGGUCAGAAGGCUUGAGUUCAAAUCCCACUCCAGGUGCAUAUCCAAUAAUGUUUGCCAAACAAUCAGUCUGACAAUCAGUGGAGAUAUUGAGAGCAGAGAUGUGAGGAGUCAACUAAGUCAUUGAUAUAAAGUGUAAAUGGCUGAGGCCCAAGCUCUAGUCAAUUUAUUUAUUCCUACCCCUGCUUUCUGCCCAUUAAUUAAUCCUCAAUCUAUGCUAAUAUAUUACCCCAAUCCCAUUAAUCUUAAUCUUUUGUAACAACCUCCUGUGUGGCACCUUAUCAAUUGCCCUCUGAAAAUCCAAACAAACCACAUCCCGGUUCUCUCUUACCUUCCCUGCUAAUUAAACUCUCAAAUAAAAACUCUAACAGACUUUGUA